AUGGUGUACUACGAGCUGCGGAUCACGGCGGAACUGGAGAACCUCACCGAAGUUCAGCCUCAGGGCGGUUGUGACGAUUCCAACUUCGUCUACUACGUCAAGCUGAAAUGUGGAAAUUGUGGAGAGAUUGGGGAUAAAGAGACAUGUCUUUCGAUGGACGACGUUGUCCCUCAUCCAACAGGCAAAGGCACCUGUCAUCUUGUUAGGAAGUGUAAGUUCUGUGGAAGGGAGGCAACAGUGAACAUGCUUCCUGGCUAUGGGCGUCCACUUUCACAUAUUGAGAGUCAAUUUGGUAAAUAUGCUGCUCUGAUGGUCUUUGACUGCCGAAAUGUAGAGCCUGUGGAAUUUUCUUUUGGCAGUGGGUGGAAGGCUGAAUCUAUUGAAGGGACAAAAUUUGAAGACAUUGAUUUGUCAGCUGGGGAGUAUGCAGAUUAUGAUGAGAAGGGAGAAUGCCCAGUAAUGAUUUCCAACCUUCGUUCCACUUUCAGCAUCGUGAACUUGAAGUAG